ACUGCAGAUUUUCGUAAUGAUCGCCCCUUAUUUGACCCUAGCCCCCAUACAAAUCCCCUUUCAAAAAAUGUCUUAAACGUCUAAAAUUGUGUAAUGUGUUCCCUACAAACAUUUAGAAGGUAUCGUCCAUAAAAGAUAUAAAAGCAAUAACUUCGUUUUAUCAUUUGGAUGAAAAUCAUCAAAGCAAUAUUUGUGUAAUAUCGAAUUUUUAUUUAUUUAAACGAAAAUUCAGCAAUAAACAAAAAAGUGUAUUGUAUCGCUAGAUUAUCAUACGGAAGCUAUAUAACUUCAAAAUUUUUAUUAAAAUUAUAAAUGUUGAAAAUUUUUUUUCAAAUGUUUAUUAUAAUAAUCUUUAAACUAAUCAAGAAAUUCAUGUGGUGGACAUUUAUGCAUUGUAAAGUAAGUUUAUGUUUGUAUUAUUUUACAAUAAAAAAUUGGACAUAACUUCUUAAUUUUCAGUCCUUGAAAUUUUGAGGUACAUUUCCAGCGGUUUGAUUAAAUCUUUGGGCAAUAUAAUGUGUUUGCUGAAGAAUAUUGCUCGGGAAUGCAGAAAUAAUUUCAAUAAUAUAAAUAAAAUAGUGUAGUUUUUAAAUGUUUAAUAAAAAUGCAUUUUUAUAUAAAAAAUUCAAUUUAUCUUCUUUAUGAACAACUAAAGAUAAUCUAGCAAUAUCCCUUAUUUAUCCUUAAUAAGAUCAUCUGAAGAUAUCUUCUUAUUUUCACCCUGCUGGUUAUCUAGCAAUAUCUCUUUUUUGUCUACUAAUACUCCUAUUGCUAAGGAGUAUCGCCCUAGCCACACAAACUCUCCCGAAGAGAGUAUCUUCCGCAAUACGAAUAUGAUUGUUGCCACAAUCAAUUUUUUCUUCUAAGCAAUACGAAUUCGUAUCAUAUUCGUAUCUUCUUGCUUGUAGGGUUAACAUUUAAUAGAAAAAAUAUUAUAUUUAUAUUAAGUACCAAUUAUACCAAAUGGUUGAUAUUUUCAGAUUUCUUACAUAAAUUACACUAUGCAACAAAUUGAGGGUCAUGUAGAGCUGUGCGAUGUUAAUCGAUGCAUCGUAAACAUCGAUGUUUUGGUUUCGAUACAUCGUUUAAAUGUCGAUGUAUCGUAUCAUACGAUGUUAAUCGAUACAUCGAUGUUUUUUAUUCGAUGUAUCGAAAAGCAGAAUUUUAAAUUUACGCAUCCGGCAGCUUUUGUUUAAGUAGAUGAUUGCAACUCAUUUAAAGUAUUGACAAUGUUUUUAAACAAAAACCCUUCAAGAAUGACUUAAUUUGUUUUAAAAUCGCUUGAAGUAACAACACAGAAAAAAUAUACGUUAUAUUCAUAAACCAUCAUCGAAGCAACAGCGUAUGCAAAAAAAAAUCUAAAGUAUAUUUGUAUAGAGAACAAAAUUUUCGUUUUUAUGGUAUAAAUCAGCAAUGUUGUAAUAAUGGCACCGUCAACGUCGAGCUUGGUUUGGAAAUACUUUGAAAAAAAUGGCAAUAAAUCUGCAAAGUGUAAGCUGUGUGAAAAAAAUAUAAGAACCGCUGGUAAUACUUCUAACUUGAUGGGCCAUAUUAAACACAUUCACAAGGCUACAUUUUUGGAAAUGGCUGAAAUAAAAAAUUCUGGAACGCAAAAAUUAAUAAAUACAAAUUUUGUGAGAGUGUUAGGCGAAAAUACACCAGUUGUUUCCGAUUCAUGUGUGCCGUCUACAAGUAGUUCACAUAGUGUACAACCUGUAUCAUGUAUUGAGGUAAAUGAUGACACAACUACUGAAUUAGUACCUUUAAAGCGUCAGAGGUCUAUACAAACAAGUUUUGAAGAUAUUGCUUCUUAUUCCGAUGGUGACAAGGCAAAAAAAAUUAACAACGCUAUUGUAUAUAUGAUUUGUAAAGAUUAUCACGCGUUCUCACUGGUAGAGAAUGAAGGUUUUAAACAUCUAAUAAAAGUGCUAUCGCCGCAUUUUAAAGUUCCAUGUAGAGGUACUGUGACACGUUGGGUCUAUAACAAUAUUUGGAAAAAGAAGCACAUACCGUGCUUUGCGCACUCACUAAAUUUAGCGCAAAAAGUACUAAAUAUCUCAGAGUUGCAGGCAUUAGUAACUAAAAUAAAAAAUAUUGUCACUUUCUUUAAACAAAGUUGCGUAGCAAGUGACGAAUUAAGAAAAACGACAAAAGCUGAUGCAAAACUUAUCCAAGAUGUACCUUCUCGUUGGAAUAGCACGUUCUAUAUGAUCGAAAGGUUUCUAGAACUUCGAAAUGCCGUAAGUGAUAUAUUACUUCGACACAAAACUGCCCCACCAAUGUUGACAGGUAUGGAAUUAUCCACAUCCUCAAAACUACUUAACAUAUUACGGCCUUUUGAGGCAGCUACAAAAGAAAUAUCCGGUGAUACAUAUUGCAAUAGCAGCAAAGUUAUUCCGCUAGUUCACUGUAUGGUAUCGAAACUAAAAGCUCUUGAAAUUGAAGAACCCUUGUUAAAUGAAGUACAUAAAAUGGCUCUUAUUGAAAUCAACAAGCGAAUGGGUGAUAUCGAACAUGUAUCACUUCUGGCUAUUGCCACAUUAUUGGAUCCACGGUUUAAAAAAAUACAUUUUGAAGAUCCACUUGCAUGUUCGAAAGCCGUUGGGAAAAUCCAAGAAAUGAUAAGAGAUAUGGCAGACGAAAAGUCUGGGGAUGGCGACUCCGAUAUUUCAGACAAUCCGAUAGACGAAUUUAGUCUCUGGAGUGAUCACCACAAAUUAGUUCAUAGAAAUUGGAAAACAAAUAGGACUGAAGGGAACUUUUCUGAUGAACUCUCAGUUUAUUUGCGAAGUCCGGUAAGUCGGUUUGAUGAAAAUCCUCUAGAAGUGUGGGCCGACUACAAAAUUCAAUUCCCCAGUUUGUACAAUAUAGCAUACAAAUAUUUAACAAUGGUUGCCAGUUCCGUGCCAUCUGAAAGGCUAUUCUCAAAGGCUUCAUUAGUGUUGUCCCAAAAAAGAAGCAGUUUGCAGGCAGAGAGGGUGAACAAAAUAUUGUUUUUGUAAAGCUUAAAUAAAAAGUAUUGAGACAUUUAGUAAAACAAAUUUCCUAAUCUUUGAAAAAUUUUAAAUUCUACUUUUAUUUAAUAUUAUUUUUAUUUGACAUUCGUCUACAAAUUCAUUUAUAAACAUUUUAGUUCAAUCAGAAUUUAUAUUUUUUUACAUGUAAUAAUAUAACAAUAAUAAGCCCUAAUUUUGUAAAUCACGUCACCAAAGUGAUAUUUAUAUGGAUAGAAAAAACAAAAUUUCAAACAUUAUAAAUUUUUUGUUUGUUUUUCAUACAAAAAUUUCAAAUUAUGAAAAGCAAUGUCCGAAUUUUGGUGCGGUUGUUCAGUUCAGAAUUUGCAUAUACAUAUAUUUAAAAUUUUGUUUUUUCUAUCCAUAUACAUAAAUAUAACUUGGUGUCAUGUUUUACACAAUUAGGACCUUAAUAAUGUAAUAACAUUGAAUUUAAUGAAAAAAAUGCCUCAUAAAAUAAACAACUUAUAUUCAAUAUGUUAAAAUAAUUUGACUUUUAUUAAAUUAAUUUUGUUUAGUUCCAGUUAGAAUAAAUACGAUGCAUCGCAAACAUCGAUGUUUUUUUAAUUGAUGCAUCGAAUAACAUCGAUGUGAAUUAAUGAUGAAUCGAAUGGCAAAAAACAUCGAUGUUUUUUUACAUGGACAGCUCUAGGGUCAUGGUCUGGAGGGUGAAAAAUUCCCAUUAUAACUUAAAGUACUACGUUGGAGUAUUAAAGCCCCCAAACCGUUCGGCGUUGGUAGGUCAAACUUUUAUGUUAUCGGUCAUUGAAAGUUGUGCUUUUUAACACUAAGUUUAUUAAAACAUUACAAAUACUUUCAGAAUUCACUUCAAAAAUAUAUGUUUUGUUUAGCUCUGCAGAGUAACUUUGCAAGGAAUAUAUCUUGCAGAUUUCGGACCACAAAUAUUGAUUUUUAAUGGGUCAUUCUAGUUAAUUUUUUAAACACUUGUUAUGCAAUGAUAUAAAUGUUUAUUGGAGUAGGGCGACAGUGGUAUCAUUUAAAAGGUCUUUCGAAAGCGCAUUAGUAAAUGUAAAAAUCUCCAAUAUUCAUAACGCAGCUUCCGUAAAAUUAUAAAAUAUUAAAAAAAAUAUUAAAUUUUUUCGAACAGUAUACGGAUUAUUUUGACAAAUUAGUCAAAUUUUAUUUAAUUUCUAUGUGAUUAAACGAAUCUUGUAUUUUAUUAUUUUUUAUAUUCGCGUUUUUGUCUAUUCUUUUAGUCUCAAAAUUUAUAUCAAAAAUAUUUAAUAUAGGUAUCAAACUUACAUUUGUCAUUGACAUUUCUAAAACGUGCAAUUACUUUCAAAUUAAAAUAUUUUCCCCCACAUUUUUAUACCAAAUGUGCAAAAAAUCAAAAGCUUUAUUUUUUUUUUAAAUAUUAUAGUUUAAAGUUUUCAAAAAAAAAAAAAAAACAUGUUUUAUGUAUUUAAAUAUAUUCAAACAGUGCAUUUCGCAGAAAAAUUUUUAAUUUGGCCAUUUAAUUAGCCGUUUAAAUACCAUUUUUUCGAUUUUCCAAAAAAAAAAAAUAUGCUUUUAUUCGGAAACCGCGAAAAUUUUGAAAUGGAUGUUCUUGAUUUACAUAUUAUUCAAUUGCACUUCGAAGGAGCUUUCAUAUGAUACCCCAUUCGUUAAUUGUUUUUAUUAAUUAAAGUUAAAAAUCCCGUUAACCUACUAUGUACUUUCAAUUAGCGAUAGCGUAAAAGUUUGACCUAGCAGCGAAAAAUGCUUCGGGGGGUUGAAUACGCUAAUGGCAUACUUUCAUUUUGUGAACGAAUUAGGUUAAAGGGAGAAAAACUGCGUUAAUAUUUUGAAUUAAUUAUGUAAAAAAUCUAAAAAUACCAAGCAUCUCGUUAACAAAUACACCACUAUAGUGGGGAGGGUAUUAUACGUUAGUGCUGAUGUUUGUAACGCACAAAAAUAUUGGCCCUACACCCACCUUAAAGUAUACCGAUCGACUCAGAAUUACUUUCGUCGAUUAAGCCAUGUCCGCCCGUCGGUCUGUCUGGCUGGCUAUCCACGUAAACCUUGUGCGCAAGGUACAGGUCGCAAUUCAAGAUAUUUUGAUAAAAUUUGGACCAUACGUGUUUUU